GUCAUCACCUUACUUUUGACAUCACACAUUUGUUUAUUUAUAGGCAAGAAUACCCACAGAGAUUUCUCAUUCUCAUUCAACUAUAUUGAACUCCCCUUCUCUUGUUGAAGAAAAGUCAACGAGUUCAAUUCUUGAUUUCUAACAGAAAUGGCAUCAACUUCUCUUGCUCUUCCUUCUCUUAAGCUACAAUUCCCCUCACAUAAAUCAUCUUCUCGUAAAAAUUCAUCGUCUCAUCGUGUUAGUAUUCGUCCCAUUCAGGCUUCGGUGUCUGAGAGACCGCCAUACAUUUCAUCACCAUCGACAUCGCCACCUGUUAAACAAGCAAAACUCCCAACCCGAAAAGUCCCUGGAGAUUAUGGACUGCCAUUAGUUGGUCCAUGGAAAGACAGACUUGAUUACUUUUACAAUCAGGGCAAAAAUGAGUUUUUCAAAUCAAGAAUUCAGAAGCAUCAGUCUACUGUUUUUCGAACGAACAUGCCACCAGGUCCAUUCAUUUCAUUCAAUCCAAACGUUGUUGUUUUGCUGGAUGGUAAAAGUUUUCCCAUCCUUUUUGAUGUUUCUAAGGUUGAAAAAAAGGAUCUUUUCACCGGUACUUUCAUGCCCUCCACUGAUCUCACAGGCGGUUAUCGUGUUCUCUCCUAUCUUGAUCCUUCCGAACCAAACCAUGCCAAAUUGAAGAAACUCAUGUUUUAUCUCCUUUCAUCACGGCGCAAUGAAGUUAUUCCAGAGUUUCACAAUAGCUACUCCGAGCUAUUUGAAACUCUGGAAAACGAACUCUCCACGAAAGGGAAAGCCGGACUCAAUGCAGCUAAUGAUCAAGCUGCAUUUAACUUCCUGGCUAGAUCCUUAUAUGGCAUUAAUCCUCAAGACACCAAACUUGGAACCGAUGGACCUAAGUUGAUCGGCAAAUGGGUGCUGUUCCAGCUUCAUCCUUUGCUAAUUCUCGGCCUCCCGAAGGUUCUUGAAGACCUUGUUAUGCAUACUUUCAGACUUCCCCCUGCCUUGGUGAAAAAAGACUACCAGAGAUUGUACAAUUUCUUCUAUGAAAACUCAACUUCCGUUCUUGAUGAAGCAGAAAAAAUUGGCAUUUCUCGCGAAGAAGCUUGUCACAAUUUGCUAUUCGCAACAUGUUUCAAUUCAUUCGGUGGAAUCAAAAUCUUUUUCCCCAAUAUGUUGAAAUGGAUAGGCAGAGCAGGGGCUAAACUCCACAGCCAAUUAGCUCAAGAAAUUCGUUCAGUCAUUUCAUCAAACAGUGGGAAGGUCACAAUGGCGGCCAUGGAAAAAAUGCCAUUAAUGAAAUCAGUAGUCUACGAAUCCCUCCGAAUUGAACCCCCAGUAGCAUCACAAUACGGCAGAGCAAAACACGACAUGGUAAUCGAAUCCCACGACGCAUCAUUCGAGAUCAAAGAAGGUGAACUCCUUUAUGGAUUUCAACCAUUUGCAACCAAAGACCCAAAAAUCUUCGACCGAUCGGAAGAGUUCGUCGCCGAUCGGUUCAUCGGAGAAGAAGGGGAGAAGCUGUUGAAACACGUGUUAUGGUCAAAUGGAUCGGAAACAGAGAACCCAUCGAUAAAUAACAAACAGUGUGCCGGAAAAGACUUCGUCGUACUGGUUUCAAGAUUGUUGUUGGUCGAAUUGUUCCUUCGAUAUGAUUCGUUUGAGAUUGAGGUCGGUGCAUCUCCAUUAGGAGCUGCAAUUACCCUAACUUCUCUGAGAAGAGCUAGUUUUUGAUUAACACUGGCUUAAUUAAGUAAUUAGUAAACUUGUUUAGUGUAUUAUAUUUCAUUGUUAUUAAGAAAUAAGAAUUUACAGAACAGAGCAUGCCGGCCGGAGGCGGGGAUUGAGGAAGAGGCCGGUGAUGUGUAUAGUUUAGUAUAGUAAUUAUUUUUUGUUGGAAAAUGGAAUGUGCAACUAUUUUUACUCUUUUCAAUGAUCAAUGUAAUAUGUUGUUCUCAAUAAAUACAAUAGUUAAUUCACCCUCGAAA